AUGCUUCAAGAUUUUCGGAGUACUUGGUCAAGAUUCUAUAAUUCUGUAGCAGAAACCACUCCAGUACCCGAUAAAUUUUGGCAUCCAGACUUAGAAGACGCCAAAUGUCUAGCUACAAUGUAUCUUGUCACAUUUUCAAUUUGGUUAUCUGCAAUGUUAACUGAUGGACCACUCGCAAUCUUGAAAUAUUGGGAUGGUCCUAAUUAUAUAUACGUUGGAAUCACAUUAUACGAUUCAGGAACUAAAGUUGAUCCAUGGAAAAGAACUUUUUCGUACCCAUACUAUUAUAUUGCAUGCCAUUUACCAGGCUAUCCAUUAAUAAUCAAAUUGAUGUCAUUUUUUACUUUCGGUCAUUGGGCUUUGGCAUCAUAUCUUUCUAUUUUGUUUUCUACGGGGCUUCUUGUAUACGCAUUCAGACGUUUACUCAUUAUUUACGAUUGUGUAAACAAUCCGACACUUACUACAAUGCUACUUUCAGUAAUUCCCACUAGAUUUAUGAUAUAUCACAGUGUCAUCGCGAGUGAACCAACAUUUUUAGCUUUCGUAUGCUUAUCUUUAAUAUUCUACAAAAUACAGAACAUUCCUUUGAUGAUGACAUGCGUUUGGUACUGUUGUAUCACUAGAAUUGAAGGAAUCUCAAUUGGAGCGACAAUUGGCUUGUGUUACCUGCUCAGACUUGAUAUAGCUCAUGCUCUUAUGAUGUUCACGACGUUUUUGGCCGAUUUUGCCUUAUUAAUUAUGCAUAAGAAAUUAUUUAACGAAUGGUUGGCUUAUUUCAAGUUCAACUUCUCACACCAAGGCUUAAUAUCAUGGCCGCCACUUUACAAACUCAUAGGAUCAGCCGGAUUCACAGAUAUGGUUGAAAUCAACACAUUUUUACUUUAUUUCUUAUUACUAACGCCAGGAGUCAUUCUUCUUUACGGUCGCUGUGGUCCAGUGGCAAUAUUCGCUAGCAUAUUCAACGCGUACGUCACAAUUUUGUUCCACAUCGACAUUUACAGGUACGGAAUUCCUGGAUCUGUCUUUUCUUUCCUCAUCGGAUACGACAGACUGUGGUCCUCGUCACAGAUACAGAACACUCUGCUUGCUUCCGGUCUUCCUUUGAUUGUUUUGCUUCUUACUUACGCUGCAGGACAAAUCAUGACUAAUGUCUGCGGUAAUGACUUCCUUGAGUACGUCUUCUCAUUCGCAAGAUCUGAAUACUUAUAA